AUGCAGCUCGACAUGAAGAACGCCUUCCUGCAGAGCAAGCUCGACAGGGUGCUCUACAUGUACCAGCCGGACUACUUCGACGAUGGAACCGGCCGGGUGUGUAAGCUGCUGAAGAGCCUCUACGGGCUGAAGCAGUCGCCGCUGCUGUGGUACAGGGCUCUCGACGGAGUGCUGCUGGGGGCUGGCUGGAAGAAGAGCCAGGUCAACACGGCGCUUUACUUAAAGACCAGCGACGACGGAGUGACCUGCUGGGUGCUGGUCUACGUCGACGAUCUGCUCUCCACCUUCAAGGAGCUGAAGGAGCUGCUGGAGUCCGCCUUCGAGCUGCGGCUACACCGACAAGCUGCGCUGCGUAGGCACUUCAUCGACAAGGAGCAAGGCGGUCGAGUUCCGAAGACGCCGGUCUCGGUCGACGCCUACGCUGAGAUAACAUUCGACGACGAGGAGGCGCAGGAGCGCGAGGAGGAGGAAUACCGGCAGAAGGUCGGCUCGCUGCAGUUCGCGGCGACGACGACGAGGCCGGACAUCGCGUUCGCCUGCAGCAAGUUGGGGGGCGGCCUCACGGUGACCAGCAUUGGCGCGAGCCAGCGCAUCAAGUGCGCGACGCUCUCCUCGACCGAGUCGGAGUACGUCGCGGCCACGGACGCCGGCAAGGAGGGGCGUCGACUUCGCUUCCUCCUUGCAGAGUUCAAGCUGCUCGACCCUGGGAAGACGACCGUCCUUCGCGUGGACAACAAGUCGGCGAUGACGGUCGCUGAGGGCAUGGGUUUGUCGGGCAACCUCAAGCAUAUGGAGCGACGCUACGCCUGGCUGCAGCACAUGGUGAGGCGCAGGAAAUUCACAUUGACGUACAUCCCGACCACCAAGCAGCCGGCGGACUUCUUGACAAAGGCGCUGCACUUUCCGGCCUUCAAUCGGUGCUCUGUCGCCAUCGCUAAGUUCGCCUGGCUGACGUCGGCGACGGUGACGAUGAUGUGCAGCAGUAGGUGCCGUGCCCUUCUGCACGGCUGGUGCAGUGACGGCGUGCUGGUGCGGUGCACGCCGAGGACGAGUUUUCUCCGUGGAGUACUGCCGUGUGGGCUGGAGGCCCAAGCGUGA